AUGCAACUCAAACUCACCAUCACCACCCUCCUCCUCUCCAUCCUCUCCUUAACAACCGCGAUCCCGGCUCCGGCCCCUGCCCCUGCCUCGGCCGCUAGCUCCAAAGAUAGCGCCUCCCCAGACCGGAACAGUAACGUCAAUACUGCCGACUUAAGGGGCAACCCCAUCGGCGGCCUCGUCUACGGCAAGCGUCAGGAUGAGCCGGAAAAUAACCACACUGCUGAGCGAUGCCCUGGGUGUCCGUAUGGCGGGCUGGAUUAG